CUGUAGUGGAACGUUAGCUCCGUUAGCUCCGUUAGCUCGCUACCUAGCUAUGGAACAACAACAACAGUUAGCUUCGUGUUCCAGGUGUUCCAGGUGUUUCAGGUGUUCACCUCUGACAGGAUGAGAUAAGAUGGAAACUGUAACGACGGACUCGUCUGCUGCGGAGGAGGACGACAGUCCAGACUCUGAGGCUUCAUGUUUGAUGAGAGUGGAAAGAAACACCGACUGGAUCCGCCUCACACACAACACAGAGAUCACCAUCGGACGAGGUCUGGAUGUGACCCACCAGCUGCUGUCUCCAACCUGUCCUCUGAUGAUCUCCAGACUGCACUGCACCUUCAAACAGAGGGAGGAUGGACAGUGGACAGUGACAGACAAGAAGAGUCUCAACGGCGUGUGGGUGAAUGGAAACCGAAUACCCGCCGAAGAAGCCCAUCAGCUGAGGUUCGGAGACUCCAUACAACUCGGGGUUCCUGUGAUUGGAACAAAAGUGGAGUUUGACUACAUCCUCGUCCAGCGGCCCCUCAAAGACAUUAAACUCCACUUGGCUAAAGCGGCCCCCGUUCCCAAGAAGAACAAGAGGAAGUUUACCGCGGAGGAAGUUGAGCCGUCUACCUCAAAGCACAAACUCUACCGCUGCUCCUCUGCAGACAAGUCCUUUGCGAAGCCCUGCCCUCUGUCGCCAGUGAAACGGCAGCAGAGGCUCAGUCACACCCAGCCGGAGGAAACUGGACCCAGCAGACAAGUCCAGGAAGUAGACCGGCUCUCAGAUGGCUCCUGUGCUCCGUGUGAUCUGGACAACUUGCAGAUGUACAGCCAGAACAUCCUGAUGCUGAGGGAGCAGGUAGUCGACACCCAGAGGCAGGUAGCCUCGCUGGGGGGGGAGCCCCAGCAGGCUGACCCGCUCAGAGAGGAGCAUGUCAGGGAGCUGCAGGGUCAGCUGGAGACGCUCCGAGCCAAGAUGCACCGGAUGGAGACGUUAGAGAAGUCCUUCAGUGAAACUAAGAGGCAGCUAGAGGCAGAGAAAACACAGCAACAAGAGGAGCUUUUGAAAAAACAGUUGGAAGAAGCCUUGCAGGAGCAAAAGAAAGUAAUAGACGAACUCGCCCUUUCUCGGGAAGGCUUUGAGGAGAUUCUCUUGGCCAAAAACAAAGAGCUAGAAGUGACAAAGGAGGAGAAAGAAAAGGCCAAGGCCCAAAAGGAGGAAGUAGUUACACAAGUGACUGAAGUUUUGGAGAACGAGCUUCAGUGCAUCAUCUGCUCCGAGCUCUUCAUUGAGGCGGUCAUCCUGAACUGCGCUCACAGCUUCUGCAGGCACUGCAUCGAGCUGUGGCGGAAAAAGAAAGACGAGUGUCCGAUCUGCCGACGGGCCAUCCAGUCCCAGACCCGCUGCCUGGCGCUGGACAACUGCAUCGACAGCAUGGUGGACAACUUGAGCCUGGACCUGAAGUUGAGGCGGCAGACGCUCAUCACGGAGAGGAAAGCAGCUCUCUCCGUUCAGGUGAUGGUGAUCCACGAUGACGACAGCAGCAGGAGCAGCGGGAGCAGCCGGAGCAGCGGGACCGGGAGCGGCUUUGGCACCGACAGUGACGGCAGCAUGUUGUCCGUGGACAGUAGCCUGAGCUCCGUGGUCUCCGUGUACACAGACAGUAGCGUCCACUUGGACUCCAGUCCCUUCUACAUCGGCUACUCUGAUGAGAGUGCCGAUGAGGUUGAGGAUUAGCCCUUUUCCUCCUCUGGGCUGUAAAUGUGACUUUUUUUUGGUGUUGAUGUUUGCAUCUCUCUCUCACCUGGAUUGUUCCCGGAAUAAAGCUGCAAAGUUCGGUCUCAUCGUGAGUCCAUUAAUUCAGCUUUAAAGGUUUAUGUUUAUCUCUUUGUAAAAUAUCAGUUUUGUCUUUAAUUUCAACAAAAGGAAUAAAGUUUCUUCCUACGCAUUUUCACAGG